AUGCAGGAGUCAUCGUCCCAAAGUUCAGCUGGAGAACUAAGUUCAAGUCAAGUUGAACUCAACCAAAACAGCAAGCCUUCCUCGCGCCAUUCCUCGUGUUUAAGCCUUAACUCGGCCAAGGUUCACCCGGAAGUGACGUCAGAGAACUCUGCACCUACCCCUGUAGAAAGACCAAGCACUUCGGACUUCAUUGUGUCAGAUUCUGCGGAAUCGCAGGGUACUCAACGUGAAAAUGUGCGUAAAGUGUUGGCAGCUUCGAGAAGUGAAGGCUCACAAAGUGAGAUACCAACGUACAGGAUAUACACCAUGUCGGUAUGUCGAAUGAAGCUCAAGUAAACUGUUAGUGCUUCGUAUUGUUCAAAACUCUCUUAGUAUUUCUUACUGACUCUUUUGGAUUUGUUUUAGUGUCACACAGGUGUUCUGGGCGGAGGUCAUUACAUUUCAUAUGCACACAACCCAAACAGCAAAUGGUACUGUUAUAAUGACAGUAGCUGUAAGGUUAGUACUGGAUCAACGUGUUUAAUAUAGCGGUCAUACUGUUUUAAGGGUUUCUAUCAAGUGGUGAACCUUUGUUAAGUGGUCAACUGACUAUUUCUAGGUUUAUUUUGGUUUGACUGUGAACCAUUUUCACGUUGGCCUUACUUUACUACGACUAAAGCCUGGUGCAAACGGACGCAAUAUUGUUGGCCAAUAACUCUCAACGUUGUUGGGAGUCGUUGCGUCCGUUUGCACGUAGCUAAAAGUUUGACCGGUUUCAAACUUUGCGCAACAACUCCCAACAACACGCCACAACAUUCAACAGGGUGUGCAAACGGACGGAACAUGUAACAUCCAUUUGCUCCGGGCUUUACAUGUUGCGUCCGUUUGCACACCCCGUUGCAUGUUGUUGAAUGUAGUUGGGAGUUGUUGCGCAAAAGUUUGAAACUAGUCAAACGUUUAGUUACGUUUAAACCGACGCAACAACUCCCAAUAUUGUUGGGCGAAUAAUAUUGGGAGUUAUUGCGUCCGUUUGCGCGUACCUUUAGAAGGACACCUUUGAAACCGACAAUAAGUAUAUCCGUGUAUGUGCGUCUUAUAGAGAUUGAAAUAAAGGUAGUGAAGAUAGGCAGGAACCAACUCUACGUGUCCGUUAAGAAAGAGUUGACUUUAUUACAACAGUUGUGGUGUAUUAUGGAGGUAACUAGUAUAGGUUGAUAAUGUUUUCGUUUGCUUCUCUUGUUUCAGGAAUGUGACAAUACUAAGCUUCAAAAGGACUCGCCCUACAUGUUAUUCUAUCAACAGGACGAUCUGGAGGAAGGAAUGUUUCUUCCCAACUUCAAUGGUCAAACGCCUGACUCGGCCAGCGAUGACGAAGAAUAUGAGAACGAAGUGCGUAGACUGUGCGUCGUUCAAUGAAGAUCUUUGGAGCCGGGGACGGGGGAAGAAUCUUAUAAUUUAUACACAUUUUUUGUAUUGA